AUGUCUAGGAGAAUCUUUUCCUUACAAAAUAGUACUAGUAAUAUUAGUCAACUAAUAGUAAUACACUGGAUCCAAUCCAACGUCUCCAAAAGGACAUCGCGUCACGUGCCGUGUACCAAACCUAAGGGCAAAUCACCUCAGCCGCAUAUUCCUCCGGCCACCGCGAACGCCGCGAUCUCAGCCGCGCUUAAAUCCCAGCGAAUCAGGAAAAAUCGCGGAAGUUACAGUUGCGGUCGAUGUGGUCAACCUAAGAAAGGCCAUGUCUGCCAUUUGCCUCCCCUUGAUGUACCCAGCACUCCGAUUGCUUCGGAGCCGGUGAGCUACGUCUCCACCGCGGCUUCUUCUUCCCGUUCUACUGUCAUCUCCUUAUCGGCUGCGCCGUCGCGUCAGUCUUUCACUCAACUACGCCGCGCCUUAUCUUUCGAUGACGUCGAUGCGCGUAAUUCUCUCGAUGAGCCCGAUCUGGAUGCCGCAUCGACGGAUCUGGAUCUGCAUUUGGAUACGGAUAUCGUUCAGCCGGGGAGGUUUCAUGCCGUGGGUCUAUGGGAGGUGCUUAAGCGGCUGCCGCCGUCGGGUCUACUGAUGGCGGCUAGGGUUUGCAAAGGAUGGAGAGAGACCGCGAGGAAGAUGUGGAAAUCGGCUGAGGAGCUUCGGAUUAAGGUUCCGGAGCGAGCUCAGAUUGGAUACAUCGGAUCCUUAUUGCAAAAGUGUCCUCGACUUAUUAGACUGUCACUUAAAAUCGAGAGUGAUUUGGACGCGACAACUCUGGCCUGCAUUGCUUUUUCUUGCCCUAACCUGGAGGUUCUGGAGAUUUCUACUUCCGGUGCAGCUGUCAAUAGGAUUUCUGGGGAUGAGCUGAGUCGCUUUGUUUCUAAUAAACGUGGACUUACAAGCCUUAAGAUGGAAGGAUGUUCCAACUUGGGAGGAUUUUCCCUCUCUUCAUCAAGCCUCAAAACUCUCUGGCUCGCGGACCUUCAUUCUCUCUCGAAGAUGAUCAUCAACUGUCCAAAUCUUAUAGAAAUAUCACUUGAAUUUUCUCGCCAAGAAGAUGAUUCAACUGAUCUUGUAACAAUGGUUGAUGGUUUGGGAAGGACUUGUACUAGAUUGCAGAAUAUCCACAUAGCCUCUCUUAAGCUUUCCCAUACUGUUGUACUCGCUCUUACUGCUGUGGAAUUCAGGGAUUUAAGAAUGCUCUCGCUAGUUCUUGGAAUAGAUAUCACCGAUGCAUCUGUAGCUGCCAUUUCCUCAUGUUACACAAACCUUGAACUCCUUGAUCUGAGUGGUUCCAGCAUUACUGAUACUGGCCUCGGGAUGCUAUGCGAUGUCUUAGCUGAUACACUCUCAAAAUUACUUGUUGCUCUUUGUCCCAACAUUACAUCAAGUGGCAUCCAGUUUGCUACUGCUCAACUGCCUCUUCUUGAGCUGAUGGAUUGUGGCAUGACUGUGUCUGAUCCCAAUAUAGAUAAUCCGACCUUAGAAGAGAAGAGUUCGACUCCACAGAAAACAUCAGGUUUCAAUCAGAAGAUGUUUAUUAAACAUAAACGACUGAAGAAACUCAGUUUGUGGGGAUGCUCCAGUUUAGACGCUUUGUUCCUAAACUGCCCAGAGCUCAAGGACUUGAAUUUGAACUUAUGCAGCAAUUUGCAACCUGAGAGUUUGGUGAUCCAGUGUCCAAAGUUACAGCUUGUGUACGCAUCAGGAUGUCAAGACCUACUAACCGGAGCUAUCCGGAAACAGGUUUCCGAGAAUUCCGCAGCUGGUGAAAACCAUAUGUCACGGAAACGCUUGGCCGAUGCCUCGAAGAGGAUUCAGGCUCCACAUUUGUUGUACCAAGAGACAAGAGAAGAUGAUAACUAUGCGGUUAAGAGAAGGAAAGUGGAGAGAGAAACUCAAAUCACAUUUUCUUCUUACCAUCUCUAUGUUACUGUACAUCUGAUUAUGUCGUCGGAUCACAAUACUAAGCAAAGUCACCAAGUCAAAAUAGCUCCAAAAUGUUGUAAUGCGACGGCGCUUAGACACUCGUGGCUGGUAGAUUUCACCUACCAAUUUUCUUCCAUAUCCCAAACGUGGAAUCGCUGCGACUCCGUUUAUAUAAUACUCUCCUUCUUCAACGAAGCCCAUUUGCAGAAUACUGAACUUUCCCCAAUGGCAAUUGCUUUCAAAUCCGCCGUCUGCUUCCUCCAAUCCUCAAAACCCCAAAUCGGAUUCCGCCAUUCUUCUUCUUCUUCUACUGAUUCAUCGUUUUCCUUCAAGAGAUUGACGCCCAUUGCUGCUCUCUCCACCUCUUCUCCCACCCUCGGUCUCGCUGAUACUUUCACGGAGCUCAAAAAACAAGGCAAAGCUGCGGCGACAAGGUCUUUGGCGAAGGGAACCAACCUCGAUAACAUCCUUGACAUGUUAGAUAAGGUUGUUCCACAGCUAUCUUGUCCAGUUUCACUGUUCACGUAUUACAACCCGAUUCUUAAACGUGGGUUGGGGAAGUUCAUGUCCAGCAUCAGAGAUGUCGGUGUACAGGGACUUGUCGUUCCCGAUGUUCCUCUCGAGGAAACUGAGAUGCUGCGAAAAGAAGCCCUCAACAACAGCAUUGAACUGGUCCUACUCACUACACCAACCACACCAACAGAGCGAAUGAAGCGAAUUGUUGAAGCAUCAGAAGGAUUUAUUUACCUCGUGAGCUCAAUCGGAGUGACGGGUGCACGAGCAUCUGUAAGCGGAAAAGUUCAGUCGCUCUUGAAGGAUAUCAAAGAGGCAACAGACAAGCCAGUGGCUGUUGGUUUUGGAAUAUCAAAGCCUGAGCAUGUGAAACAGAUAGCUGGAUGGGGAGCUGAUGGAGUGAUCGUAGGCAGUGCAAUGGUGAGGCUUUUGGGAGAGGCUAAGUCGCCAACGGAAGGGCUUAGGGAGCUUGAGAGUCUCACCAAGUCUCUCAAAUCUGCUCUUCUUUGAAAAAGUCAACAAAAAUGAAUUUGCAAGACAGCAUCAUAGCUUCUGUUUUUGUUUUCUCUAAUUAUAAUCAUUGUGUGACAAUGAUGUUCGAAACUUUUGAUACAUUUCAAGUAUGAGCAAAAAGUUACAGUGCUACACAAUCUAGUUGGUGGGUUUCACUGUUACCUCUAUGAUUCAACUUUAAUUGAAGUUACAGUGGCUCAAGGCUACAAUCCAGUUG